CAUUACCACAAUGAAGUAUUAUAAAAUCCUUGGACACCCAUGGAAGCCCCCAGUGAUAGCCAUGGAAGCCAUAGCCUUGCCCGAUUCUGCUCUUCUUCUCCUUUCUUCCCGCUGCAGCCACUCGAAAGAAAAAAAAAGAGGAACCCAGCCAUGCCUUUGAGAAACCGGUGAGAUAAGCUUGGUUUUCUCCUUCCUUUCUUGCUCUAGAACACACCUAGAACCCAGAAAUC